AGAUACUCAAUUGACAGAAACACAGACCUGGAGAGAUAUUUCAAUAUCGAUGCCAACAGUGGAAUUAUUACUACUGCCAAAUCAUUGGAUCGAGAGACAAAUCCUGUUCAUAACAUUACAGUCCUCGCAAUGGAGAGCCAGAAUCCAUCCCAGGUGGGGAGAGGCUAUGUGGCCAUCACUAUACUGGAUAUUAAUGACAAUGCUCCAGAGUUUGCCAUGGACUAUGAAACCACUGUCUGUGAAAAUGCUCAGCCAGGGCAGGUUAUCCAGAAAAUCAGUGCAAUAGAUAAAGACGAGCCAUCUAAUGGACACCAGUUUUACUUCAGCUUAACAACAGAUAUGACAAAUAACCUUAACUUCUCAUUGAAAGAUAACAAAGACAAUACAGCCUCAAUACUAACCAGGAGAAAUGGCUUCCGCAGACAGGAACAGUCAGUUUAUUAUCUGCCGAUUUUCAUCGUGGACAACGGAUCUCCUUCACUAAGCAGUACGAACACACUUACCAUCCGUGUCUGCGACUGUGAUGCUGAUGGCAUAGCGCAGACCUGCAAUGCAGAGGCCUAUGUUCUACCCGCUGGCCUCAGUACUGGGGCCCUGAUCGCCAUACUGGCCUGUGUCCUGACACUGUUGGUGUUGAUCCUCCUCAUUGUCACUAUGAAAAGACGAAAAAAAGAGCCUCUCAUUUUUGAUGAGGAGAGGGAUAUUAGAGAAAACAUCGUCAGAUAUGAUGAUGAAGGCGGGGGAGAAGAAGACACAGAAGCUUUUGAUAUGGCUGCACUGAGAAACCUCAAUGUUGUAAGAGACACCAAAACUCGGAGAGAUGUGACUCCUGAAAUUCAGUUCUUGAGUCGACCGACUUUUAAAAACAUCCCAGAUAAUGUCAUUUUUAGGGAAUUUAUUUGGGAAAGACUAAAGGAAGCUGAUGUGGAUCCAGGGGCACCACCAUAUGACUCACUUCAGACUUAUGCAUUUGAAGGAAAUGGCUCAGUAGCUGAAUCUCUCAGUUCUUUAGAUUCUAACAGCUCGAACUCUGAUCAGAAUUAUGACUACCUUAGUGACUGGGGUCCUCGCUUUAAACGACUGGCUGAAAUGUAUGGAAAUGGCCAAGAGAGUUUGUACUCAUAGCCUUGGAUCCUAAUUUGGAAUGUACUGAAGAAAAAGGCAGCAGAAAAAAAUUCAAAAGGGAAAGGAAAGUGGAAAAUACUACAUACAGUAAACAGGAAUUCCACUUGUGGGACAAAAAGAGGUUGUAAAUAUGUUUCCAUUUUUAACUGUUAAGGCCUUGGUGAAGCAUUCACUAGGUUAUCCAAGGGAUUUCACUGACCACAGACUCUGACCACUUUUAGCUGUGUUUUUCCUUUGUUUGUUUGUGGUUCCAUAAAAAGAAAUACUUAGUAGAUCGUGGAUAGGUAGCAACUCUCCUAUACCUAAAAAGGCAUCUAACAUGCCUGAAAAAGUAAUGUCCUGUGUUGUCAGGGAGCCAAAGGCACCUGGCUCUAACUUUCAUGAUAUCCUAUUCAAGAAAAAUAGAGUCCAGUGCACCAUUCAAAAAGUCCUAGAACUUCUUGCCUAUCAAAACUUGGAAGAAUUUAAUUUCUACUGGAGAUUUUAAGAUUGCUAUAAAAAGAUAGAGUUCAAAAGAAUGUUAUCACUGUUGGCACACAGAAAUAUUUUAUUUUAUUUACCAAUAUUUAAAAUCUUAUAAUAACUUCCCUAAGUGAAAAACAAUAAAAAUCAAUAAUUUAAUAUAGCAUAAGUCAUUGUUUUACCAAUAUACUAUGUGCAGUGUUCCAAGUAAGAAAAAGGUAAAUGAGUCGCCAAGUUUAAGUAGUUUUGAAACACUCAUGUAUGUAAGAUUUAAAUCAGUAGUUGCUGUCUAUUUGUUAAUUUUUAUUAUCUUCUAAUUUGUACAGGAGAAUAUAUUUUUAUUGGAAAUAUAGUGUUGUGUUUAUUUUGGAGCUUUAGUCACUACUCAGUUCAUAUUUAUCUUACUGCCUCAUGGUAUUAAGCUCAUGUGCACGUGCUGACUUUUCUGCAGCUUGAACUACAGGAAGGUCAUGAAGCAUGGAAAUGGAGAGACAAAACACAGCAGUUGAACAUCAUUGCUAAACACAUCUCAAAGUAAAACACGGCUCCAAGGACGUACAUAUUGUCUUUCUGACCCACUAAAGUGUACAAAACUGUGAGAACAAAGUAUUUGAAUUUCAGUAAGACUUGGGGAAUAUUGAAUUUUUCUUUGACAUAGAUACCAGUUUCCAAAAUCAACAGUUCUGUAUGCUUCAAAGACUUUCAAGGACCCAGCCUUCUUUGCUGUAAACACAUUAAGUAAAAGACUGAAAUUUAAGUAUAUUUUACAAAGUAUGAUGUUAUACAUUUCAACCCAUUGUGUCAUGCAAGCACUGAAUGAUGUGUAAGUUCUCUAGUUGUUUAGAUGUACCGAAAUGAAAAGAGAACAAUUUCUAGUAAUCAUGUGUAUUUAAGCUUGAGAUGGAUGUCUCAAAAUCAAAUGUCUUUUUUACACAAAAUAUUUCUACAUAUUUUUCCUAGAUUAACCCUAGUUCGUUGUGCACAUAAUCAAGUAAGAAUGAAUUUUUUUUUCUUACUUUUUUGUUCCAAAGUUAGCUAAUUGUUCAGUUCAGAAUAAGCAUAUAGAUUGUGAACACUAUGUAUGAAUUGUGUGCUAAAAGUCCUCCUUUGGAGACAGAGAAAUCAGAACUAUUCUGUUGAUUAAAUGAGGAGAAGCUAUAUAAGAUGCUGUAACUUGCAGUCCACAAUUAAAACUGGGGUAUGUGAAAGUGGCCUUCAGCUUCAUAAUCUCAACAAUUCAAUAAAUUUGUUAAUCAUAUACAGUCCUUAAAUUGAAUAAGUUAUUUAGACAUUGUUCCAUGACUAGACUGCUAUAUUUUCUGCUGUAUUCAGAGGCUUAGGUAUAAAGUUUUACAAGAGAGGCAAAUAUCCUGUUUAUAACUCUUAGACAGACCUGAAAUUUCUUCAAAUUAAACCAAAUAUGCCUUCCUAGUUUAAUAAAUUCAUAUUUGGUGCAUGAACUAUGUAAAUGCUGAGUCUGCAAAAUACUGAAAAAAUAGUUCAUAACAUGACCCUCAUAUCUGAAAGACCAUGAGAUAUUUACUGCAGUGGGUAGUGGUGUCAAAACUGCUGAUUUUCAUAUAUAUGACCAAAUAAUAUUGUAGUAAAUUUCAGCUAAAGGAACCUCUUUUUCUGACACAGAUUUUCUGACCUUGAAAUUUGAAUGGAUUUUACCUUUUGCUAGUGGUAGCUCAAGGAAAGGAUGGUUUAUUUUGACUACUGGUUUGACAUUCUUUGUAUCUAUCACAAUAUUGUUUCAUUUAUAUUGUAGUUUAUGAAAUUGCUAAAAAGAGAUUGGCAAAUGUCCUUAUUAUCAGUACAACUUACAUGAUACACACAAAUUUUAACAGCAAUGGGGACAGGACUGUUAUUAUGUUAGCUUGCAUUUAUGUUAUAAAAUUUAAUAGUAUAUCUGACAUAAUAAUACAUUAGAGUUAAGAGAUUGCAUCAGUUGACUGAAGAGAUGAAUUAUCACACAAAUUUAGGGAUUUCCCAAAUUGUAUUUCAACACAUAUUUAUUAUUUUGUGAUUUAUCAUUGUACUUUAAACAGAUGUCUCUCAAGAACCAUUAUAUACCUUAUUCUCAAAAUUUACUUACAUUAAUAUGAUUUUCAUGAGUUUGAUAUCUGCAUAAUAUGAAAACUUGGGCAAUUCAGAUAAUGAUAUAUUAUCUGCUAAAAAGAUUUUAUUGGCUGUCUGCAAAUUUCCCCUUUGUUUCCUUUUAUUUUUGAAACCUGGUCCUGUCUAUACCACAGGGUUGCCUCAUACCUAUAGCAAUUCUCUUUUGUCAAUCUCUAUGCUACCUGAAUUAACGUGUUCCAGGAACACACUUGACUUCCAUAUCCUAAAAUAAUCCAUCACACCAUAACUCAUCAUUAUUGAUAUAUUUUUGAAUAAUAUCAAAUAGUGAUUUUAAAAGAUCUGCUAAAUUCUAUUCUUAAUCAAAGAUGUACCAUCAAGAGUAAUUGUGGUACAAAGGGACCAAACACUUCCUUGUAAGAAUCGAUGUUUCAAAAACUUGUAGUUUAAAAGACUAGGGCAGUAACUCAUAUGUUUAAACAUCUCCCAUUUGUACAUCACAGUAAUUCAUUGUCUUCAGUUAAAUGUUUAUUUUGAACAGUUUGAUUUCUUUAAAAUCUAAGUUUAUUUUUAUUGCUAUGUACAUCGAAAAAAUGCACAUUUAAUUCAGAGACCUUCCUGAAUUAAAAUUUUGGGAUAAUUUAAAAAAUUAUAAUUAUAAUUAAAAAAAUAUAAACUACACAUUGUCAGCAACAAACCAAAAUCAAGAAUAAUUUCACAUACAAAGAAAUUGACAGGCGGGAGCUGUCAGUGUACAGUAUCAGAACCGUGUAUCAAUAAUCAAUGUACUCAAUGGACCUGGACUCUUUGCUAUAAACAUCUCCUGAGACAAAUUAAGUUGGGUCUGGAUGCAAGAAUGGGCAGGGCAUACAAACAUUGUUAUUGAUAUGGAUAUGAUGGUUCUACCCUCCAUAAACAUUUUUAAUUACCCUAAUUCUGAGCAUGUUUAAUCCAUAGUUUCCUUGGUAAUAUGGUAAAAGUGUUAAAGAUACAAUCAACAUCUGUCACAUGAUCCAUGAGGAAAAAUAGAAAUGCCAAUGCAGUACUCAAAUGGUGACCUGAGAGAAACUGAAAAUAAGCUGUGUAAUACAUUAUGAGAGAAAAAAUGUUUUGUUUUAACAUUUUAAACACUCUAAGCACUAGCAGGUAAUAUUAAUCAUGUUUUCAAAUUAAACCUUUCAUCUGUUGACUUACACAAUAUUUUAAUUGCUCAAUUGUAUUAUUCAAUAACUAUUUACAUGUUUAUUUAUAGUUAAUCUAAAUUUAAUUAUAGUUGAUAAACACUUCAUCUUAACUCUUUCAGGUCAGAGACAGCUGAAGGCAAGAAAACGACAUGGUAAUUAGUACAUGAGUUCAUCUACUUUGUGUUAGUCUACACAUAAUAUGAUCUUAAUGAACAGACUAAAUUAUUCAUAAUAAAUGGUGAGCACAUGUAAAACAGUACAUAAAAUGUUGACAGGUGAAUUUAAUACAGUCUUGUGUGGUAAGUAAAUAUAAUUGAUCAAAAUUGA